AAACCGGUGCACCGGUGAAUGUGUUCCGCCGGCUCCUUCCGCAGAUAUUGGUUCCGGCUGGGGGUGUGAGUGAGAAUGCAGCCUCCUGAUUGUGGUCGGGCCCCGCUCCCGGUAAAGUGCACUUCCAGCGGUGAGCUGUGCUGAUGUGAACCUCAUUCCCCAGGAAAUUCACUGCGGGGAGUCAGUGACCCCAAAAGGAGACCGCCUGAUUAACUUUUCUCAACAUUAUUACCUCGUCUUCAAAGAGUCCUGCUCUUGCUGGGGUGCACUUGUCCUGCCAAUUGAUUGCCCAGAAGCCGAAAUCCUGUGGAAUUAAAGCCCUUGGACACCCAAAGCCCUUCCGUGUAUCUCACUGCCACUGGAACAAAUAGAGACAAGGACAAAAACAAAGUUGCUGGAAAAGCUCAGCAGGUCUGGCAGCAUCUGUGGAGGAGAAAACAGGGGUCUGGUGACCCUUCCUCAGAACUUCCUCAGAGACAAGGACAUAUCAAAACUGUGGCAUCCCUGUGUCACUAUUGGCAGGAACAGGUUUAACCUCACUCUGCAACCUGAUUUUGAGUGAAUUUAAGCAGAAUUAUGGGGGUUAAGGGACUAUGGAAACUGCUGGAGUGUACAGGGCAACCUAUCAAUCCAGAAACGCUUGAAGGAAAAAUACUCGCUGUUGAUAUCAGCAUUUGGUUAAAUCAAGCAGUGAAGGGAGCAAGAGAUCGCCAUGGUAAUUCUGUACCAAAUGCUCACCUUCUGAUUUUGCUCCAUCGACUAUGUAAACUUUUGUUUUAUCGAAUACGACCAGUAAUUGUUUUUGAUGGAAAGACGCCUCUACUCAAGAAACAAACUUUGGCUAACAGAUGGCAGAGAAAGGAGCUGGCAGUUAAAGAUACAAAGAAAACUACAGAUAAGCUGUUGAGGACCAUAUUGAAGCAACAUGCCUUAAAAAGUGUUUUUGGCAAAAGUGAUGGGGUCAUUCCCAGCCUUUCUCAGGUGAGAAGAGGUGAAACUGAUGACAUUUUUAUUCUGCCUUCCUUAGAAAAGAAAGAGGAAAACAGUUCAGAUGAAGAGGCAGAAAAAGAAUGGGAAGAACGCAUGAGCAAUGAAAAUCUGUUUCAGAAUGCGUAUCUUGAGAACCCUCAUUCUGUAGACGUUGAGUCGAAAGACUUUGCUAAUUUACCUCCAGAAAUAAGACAUGAAAUCCUGACGGACCUCAAAGAGUUCACCAAACGUCGAAGGAGUCUAUUGCAGACAAUGCCUGAGGAGUCAACAGAUUUUUCCUGGUAUCAGCUGACUGGCCUCCUUAAACGCAACAGAAUUAACCAACAUAUUGACGGCGUUCAGAAAGAAAUGAGUAAACAGUACUGCGGGCAAAUUCAGAUGGAGUGUAAUAAUGAGGGGGAAUUCAUAAAGAACAUGGAAACUAGGCAGCUUAUAUCAGAAGAUGCUGCACACUAUAUUCUGAUAAAAGGAAUUCAGCCAGUGAGCAGUGAGGAUGCAGAGACAAAUCAGCAAAUUACUACGCUAGGAAAAAAUACAAAUUCGACAGCUGCAGAUGUAAUCUCAAACACUGGUUUGGAGCCCCGUAACGAUUCUCGUUCACCUUCUCCUGUCACAGAAACAGCAUCCACAAGUCCAAAUGACAGUGCUGCUCUUCCUCCUUCCCCACGGACUGUGCUUGCCAUUCAGGCUGCCAUGUUGGAGAGUAGUUCAGAUGAGGAAAUUGACUUUGGACGAGAUAACAAUUCAUUUGCUGCUGAGUGUAGCAGCAGUUUGUAUUCAACAAAUAUUGCUGCCACAAAUUUAAAUUCAUCAGCAAAAACUCAUCAUGCAAACCAGCAAGGUUUACAAGAAAAAGACAUGACAAACAAUGUGCAAGAGGAUAGCAAAACUGAAUAUGAUAAUACUAAAAAUCAAAGGAUUCAGACCUACGGUUCAAAUGAUGCGCAUAUAGAAGAGGAACUAAGUGUUGGUGAAAAUGAGUUACUGGAAAAAUCAUUCAAUCCACAGACUAUCCAGAAGACACCGAUAAGACCAGGAACUAUUCAAAGUUGUGAAGUGCAAGAAAUAUUUCCUGCAGAAGAUCAAAGUCCGAUCAAAGUCAGUGCAGUGGAACAGAACAUCAAUAUUGCUGUAAUAGGUACAGCUGAUGUAAUUAAUGAGAAACAGAAAAGUAAGAAGCUAGACUUUCAAUUUCCUGAUGAUUUGAAGGAGCGUGAAGAUCAUGCUGAAAUGCAUUCCUUGGAAAAUGAUAGAGGAAUAAUCCUUAACAGCAAGCAACGCAUUCAUCCACUUGGAGCAGCUGACUUAGAAAAUAACAAUACAAACAAUCGAGAAAUUCUGAAGAUGGAUCAUCCUUCAUCUUCUGAGACUGCUACCAGCAGCCAGCAUGUUGGCAGUGUAAAACUGACGCCCCACACACAGUUAAAAGGAGACUUGGAUCUCAAGAGUUUCAUUUCUUCAGCCAAAGAGAAUCAAGGUUCAGGAGAAGAAACUGAUCAUCAGGAAAUGUCCACUAAGAGUGAAGGCGGAAGUGAUUCCGAUGGUAGCUUCAUUGAAGUUGUUAUUGACACCAGCAAAGUGGACCUUCAGAGUGAACUGUUUCCUGCUGAUAUCUUCACACCCUCGAUGCCAGCUGUUGAAUCCACACUAGCAUCUAAGGGCAAUGCGGAAGCCACUUCAGAAACUAUACAGAGUGUUACCGAGAAACAAACAGAAGUUUUUAUCCAAAAUCAUUUGGAAGCUGCUGGCGAACAAAAGAUGAAUGUGGAGGUAGACCAACACGAACAGACAUCUGUAGGAGAAGCCACAAGAGAUGACUGGAAGGAUCUAGAUCUGGGUGAAAUUGAGGAUUUUGAGAAAGACUUGCUUAUAGAACAGUCGGAUCUGCAAUCUCAGAAGCAACAAUAUGAACGUAUUGCUACCACUGUCACAGGACAGAUGUACUUGGACAGUCAGGAAAUGCUGCGACUCUUUGGUAUUCCUUAUAUUGUUGCUCCCAUGGAGGCAGAAGCACAAUGUGCUUACCUAGAUCUGACCGACCAAACUAGUGGAACUAUCACUGAUGAUAGUGAUAUAUGGCUGUUCGGAGCACGUCAUGUGUACAAGAAUUUCUUCAACCAAGACAAGGAUAUAGAGUAUUACCAGUACAUCCACCUUCAUAACCAACUAGGUAAAUAAAACUUCGGAAUACAAAAACAAAAAAUUAUGAUAAACUUGCUUUUAAACCUUGGUUCAACUUCAACUGAAGUAUUUCAUCCAGUCUUGGGUGUGUUAACACAGUUAAUAAACAACUUCUCUUUCAGAGACUGGUGGACUGAAGCCCAGAAAAAUAAAAAACUGCGAGACAAUCCAAAUGAUACAAAAGUGAAGAAAAAACUGCGACACCUCGACAUUUACCCAGGUUUUCCAAACCCUGCAGUGGCAGAAGAAUAUCUGAAACCUGCUGUAGAUGAAUCUAAGGUAUCACUGUCCUGGGGUAGGCCAGACCUUGAUGAGAUCAGGGAAUUUUGUGAGAACCGUUUUGGCUGGACCAGGAAGAAGACUGAUGAAGUUCUUUUACCUGUCAUGAAGCAAAUCAAUGCCCAACAGUCCCAGCUACGUAUUGAUUCCUUCUUCAGAAUCGAACAGCAUGAGAAGCAAGUAAUAAAAAGCCAAAGGCUUCGCAGGGCUGUGACUUGUAUGUUGAGGAAAGAACAAGAAGCUUUAACAGAGACUCAAGGAAGUACUGGGAUAAUAGAAGCAGCCAGUAAUUCAGCAGUGGAAGGGAAGAGCCAGCAAGGAGCAUCUGGAGUCAAAGGCAGGUCGCAUAAUUCUCAAAUACAGCGUGGAAAAAGGAAAUCUCCAGAGCAGCCUUCCGGAGGAGGUUUUAUUGGAUCCAUAAAUUUAUCGAAAACGUCUGAUGACUCUGACUCUGAAAUAGAUGAUUAUGAAUUUAAACCAAAACAUUCCAAAGUUAUGAAUUUGCAUAAGAAAACUCCAGAAAAGGACAAGACCACCAAAAUGAGCAGCAGUUCAAGUGAUGAGAGUGAUGAUAAUAUUAUGAUAACAGCUAGACCUGUGUUUGAAAAGAGAGGAAAGGUUAAAACUAAACAAAGAAAAAAGUUGGGAACUUAAGCAGAUGAUGCUUCCAGGUGCACUUUCUGCAACUGUAUUUGUUUCAAGCCAAAUUUCCAAUUGCUUCCCUUUUUUUAAAAGACAAAUAUUUAAAGAUUUAUCUCCAUGCAAAGCUCUUCUAACUUCUGCGAAUUUAGUGUGACACACCAGACACAGGCUAAAGCCUUGUUGCUUUAAAGUGCCUAUGAGUUAGUUAAAUUAACUCUAGUUUAUCCACUGUAGAGCAACUUGAAACUUCUACAGUGCUAAAAUUGCCUCGAAUAUUGAUCUUGUACCACUGCUGAGAAAGCUAUAAUUAUGAAUGAGUGGUAAAUUUUUCUAUGUCUUCACCACCAAGUGCAAAAGAUAAUGAAUUUCAUGUGUUAUAAAAGUGUAGAUUAAAGAUAUCUUUAGGCUCUACAGAAAGCAAAAUCAUGUGAGCGAAAGAGCCUACCUUUGAAUAAAUAUAUUAAAAAUUUGAGUAUUUAUGUACUUUUAAAUGUGUACCAUAAAAAAUAAUCUGUAGACAAAUCAA